UUGGCCCUCACCUAAUCAAUUUGCCUUCAUACCAGACCUCACAACAACGAAACCAUGAACUCAAGAACAUUACUCCGUCAAUCAUCUCGAGCUUUAAGCUCUACUAUUCGCAGCUCGGCUGCAAGACAGCCAUUGCGAUCGCAAUUCCACAAUAAUACUUCGCUGGCAGCGCAAGUUGUGUCAAGGCAGUUCCAAGGUAGAAGAUUUUAUGCUACAGAACCAGAGGCCAAGAAGGAUGAGCCCGAAGCAGAGAAGAAGGAGGAAGAUGUAGAGGACCCAACGAAGAAGGCCUUAGAGGCGAAAGAUAAGGAGAUUAUUGAUUUAAAGGUUUGUGUCUCCCUCCGUCAUCAUUCUGUUUCUAAACUACUGCUUCACAUUUGUUACACUGAAUACUGGGGCAACGAUACUUUUGGGACAUAACCUUGCGAAAAUCUCAGCUGCUGGCAAAGACUUCUACAUAUACUCGAGAUCACUUGGCUAACCCCACAUUACAGGACAAGCUCCUCCGCUCUAUCGCUGAUUUCCGCAACCUUCAAGAGCGAACAAAACGAGAUAUGCAAGCUGCUAAGGACUUUGCCAUUCAAAAAUUUGCCAAAGAUCUCGUCGACAGUAUCGAUAACUUAGAUCGAGCCCUUACCACCGUUCCUGCAGAGAAGCUCUCCGUUGCUGCGGAAAAGCGUAAUGAGCAUCAACAAGAUUUAAUUACUUUACACGAGGGUUUGAAGAUGACCGAGGAUAUUCUUAUGUCAACGUUGAAGAAGCACGGUUUAGAGAGAUUCGAUCCUUCAGUUGAGAGCGAGAAAUUUAACCCAAAUGAACAUGAGGCUACCUUCAUGACUCCUAUGGCAGGGAAGGAGGAUGGAACAGUUUUCCACACUCAACAAAAAGGAUUCAAGCUCAAUGGAAGGAUAUUGAGAGCUGCUAAGGUUGGAGUUGUCAAGAAUCCUUGAACACUUUAAAUCAAACUAUACAUCAUACAGAACGCAAGCCUAGUAUGCUUCGGCGCAGCAAGCAAGAGACACUUAAUCCGUACAUACCGGAGAUCAACGGAUGAAAAUACAGUGGAGGAAUCAUGAUGUACAAAGUGUAUAAUUAAAAAUGGGACUACGGUCAUGUCUACUUGAGCAUCCGGACUCGAGCAGGAUACAAAAUAACGGCGUUGGGAUGUAUAAUGACUGUAAGCUGUAUGAUGAAAAAUCAGCUCUCCUCUCUAUAAAGAUAUGACAGGUGUUGGGGUAAAAUAUGUAAGGGCUGGCCUGGUUUUUGCAGGAUUUCCCUGCAUCAUCUUGUAUAUGUCACUCACAAUUUUAUCUUCUUUUUCACAUAUAGGAAAAGAAUGAAUAUACCUAAUGAAACCAUACAUGCAACAUUUUACG